AUGGACACCUCAAUGCACGAACGGCUUGAGAAAACUAAAGGCAUCCAAUAUUCCUCGAUUCGUGAGAGGCUUGAGGUUAUUGACUUCUACCGCAAUGCGAAGGAAUACGACCUGGUGACUAAGACUCUAAAACCGCUCUCUUUGAAACAGGUUGCAGAGAAGUUCUAUAUCCAGGUAGCAUGUCUUAAGAGAUGGCUCAAGGAUGAAGAAAAACUCAGAGAGCAAGCGAGCAAUUGGAGGACAACAUCCUGUCCGCUUCAUUUGCUCCAGUUCGGGCGACGGCAGUUGAUAGAUACGGGGGUGAUUACAAUGGACGAUUGGAACAAGCUUGCCAAGCUUGACCACCCCAUACCUUUCGUUGGAAUUGAAUCAGGGCUGCCAAUGCGCAUCUACAGUUUUGAGGAUGCCUAUAGAUUCCUUGGAAUCGAAGGAGAAAGCUCACACCCUGGGCAUCCAAACGAGCCGACGUCCCACAUCCCCUCCGAGAGUGUGCCUUUUGACGUGGAUUCUCCGCAGUCAUACCUUGGUGGCUCUCGAUAUAGUCAGGCAGAACUUUCAGUCGCCGACAUAAGCCGGAGACUUUACCCACUCAUACCCUCUUUGGAGAGGAGGGCGGGUGCCCACCAUACGAUUUGGGCCUACAAAUCGUCUGAGCUUUAUGGAAAACUGAAUGCUGAAGCAUCGGCGUCUGAUUAUGACUGUUUGAAACAAUGUGUCUCGCUUGUUUGUCACUGUCUUUCCCAGGCGAGCAACUUGCUUCAUUCUGCAAUGCCAGUUCGAGUGGGCUUCGAUUACAAUGAGCCACACACCAAUGCCCCUCCCCAGUGGGCCACAGUACUAUCAUUCUUGGAUGGUAGACAGGUCAUUUUGCCACUAUCUCUGGACCUCAGAGGCCCUAGAUCGAUUAAUGGUGCCAACACAGAUCGCCUUCUCCUCCAAGGAUGGACAAUUGAUUAUGCGGCGCUUAGAUGGAAACGGUCAAGGAAAUCUACCAGAGUUCCGAAGUUCUUCUAUCAGGAACUUACCAAGGUCCUGUCUGACUUUAAGGACAGUGCCGUCUUGCAUAUCACAGAUGUUGACAUGCUUUUUCUUACCAAGUCCACGGAAGUCAAAUGGAGACCGCGUCGUUUCGCCACAGCGUGGACACUUUACGACACUAUUCUUCACGCAAGCAGUUCUCGCAAGUAUCCAAUAGCUCGUGUUCGUGGAUUAUACACAAGUCUUUCGAUCCUAUUGGACGAGGUCUACGCUUGUGCAUCGCAAGUAAAGUUCGCCGAGAACUUUCGUCUCCAGCCAUUCCAGCUACUUCGCCCGGGUGAAUUCACGAUUAUUUCCGGGGCUGGUUGUAGCUCUGAUAUCGACGAAUUUCUCAAUACCCUAUUGGCCUACAACUCGCCCGAGACCAGCGACCCAGAAGAGGAUCAAAUGGCCAACGAGCCGCUUGAUAUUGAGAUGGAAGACCUGUUUGACGAAAAUCUAGAUGGCGACCUGGAUCCUCAUUGCGACGAAUUCGCUGAUGGAGAAGCAUGUGAAUCAGGAUUGACUGAGAUAGGAGAAAGUCCAGGCACAUACCACAUGGCUCUGGAUAGCAACAUACCAAAUCAGAGUUUGAAUGCAACGAAAGGAAAUCGGAAGGAUCUCAACCGACUCAUAAUGUGCCAUUUACGGCUAAUGGCAACAGAAGUGGACGGGAAGCCAAUGUGCGGGUGGAAAUCAUGUCCCUUACCACGGUCCCCGCGUUCCAAGUACUGCAAAUAUCACUCGGAAGGGCUUACGCAAAUUCUCCUGAAACACGCUGGGCAAGGACAACAAAUACAACCAAGCAAACCAGGAGUGCAAUGGGAAUUACGCCCUACUGCGGAACACAAGGUUGCCCUCAAGCUUUUGAAGGGAUAUCUUGUUGACAGCCCGCAUGAGAAUUGGAUUAUUGAUUGUGAAUUCAUCACAGUAAAGGGAAACGGAAGCACCCCAAUACAAUUAUCGAUUCGCCAAAUGAAUGGGUCCUCGUUGCUUGAAACAACGGUCGAUUACGGGAUAUCGUUACCCCGUAUGCUUGAAAAGGUACAGCAGAUAUCCAAGUACCCCCUCGGUCCGAUGGUUUCUCGAGUCUACGGCAGCAGCCAUACACACGGUAUGAAGCCUUCGGAGAUCAGAAAGCAUUUUUUAGAUGUGCUGGGAUACAGCCCAAAGCGAGUUCAGCUAUUUAGUUGGUUUGCGACGCAUGACUGGAAAUGCUUCCACAAACUCCUUACCGGGUCCGAUGAAUUUCUUCCGCCAACAGAACCAGACCUUGAACAGCCCGGGCAGAAUUUCAAUCCAGUUAACAUCGGGUAUCUCUUGCGUUCAAUGUUGCCGCCAGGAUUCUGCAUGAAACUUGAGGUUGUUCACUCUAUCUUGUUAGAGAGCCGAGGACAAGAGCAGAAUUUUCAGUAUCACAAUGCUUCACAUGACACACUGGCUGUAUCAGAUAUUGUCAAAGCAAUGACAGAGCUUGUAUGA